AUGGAAAUGCCUCCGGGCUCUGGCGCGGACGAGGUGCAGGCUAGCCGUACCGUCCGAUUGGUCGCCGACUUGAGGCAGCUGCUCACCCUGAAGCAGCACUACUACCCAGAGGGAGGGUGGGGAUGGGUGGUGCUGGUGUGCGCGGUGAUCGUGCACGUGCUGGCGCACGGAAUGGUUGCCUCGGCCGGCAUGCUGUACCUGGAGGUGCUCAACAAGUUGUUCAAUACUGACUCGAGUAAUAAAUUUUUCGAAACUGUCGACUAUAUUGUUGUGGGGCUCGGUAUGGUCGCCUUGGCUAAAAUGCUGUACCUGAAGGUGCUCAACAAUUUUGGGAUGGCUGUGAAGGAUCCAACAGAAACUGUCGACAAUAUUGUUGUGGCACUUGGUAUGGUCGCCUCAGCUGCAAUGCUGUACCUAAACGUGGUCAACAAGUUUGGAAUGGCUGUGAACGAUCCAACAGGUGACUCGUUGGUUAUAUUAUUUUUAAGAUUGUUCAAUACUGACUCAAGUGAUAAAUUUUUCGAAAUUGUGGACAAUAUUGUUUUCAUGCUCGAUAUGGUCGCCCCGGCUGAAAUGAUGUACCUGGAGGUGAUCAACAAGUUCAGGAUGGCGGUGAAGGAUCCCACAGGAUGGCUAGGUGCGAUGUCUACUGGAGUGGCUCUUCUCAUUUCCCCAGUGACCAUAGCGUUCUGCAGAAGGAAAUCCACCAGAGUAACUGCAGUCAUGGGAGGACUGAUCACUGCUCUGGGAUGUCUGUUCACCUCGUUCGCCACACAAUUUCAUCAGCUAUUCUUCAGAGCACUUGGUUGGCGCCUAGGCCUUCAAGUUGUGACAGGAGCCAUUUCCAUCACCUUCAUACUCGGCACUUUCUAUCGGUCAGCGUCGCUCUAUCAUCCGCAGCGGCGGGCCAUUCUCCACAUCAAGAACCAAAAACGCAAGAUCAAGGACAAGAACAAGUUCGAGGACAAGGUGCCGUUCUUCGACUUCAGCACCCUGAAGAGCAAGACCGUCAGAAUCCUCUUAAUCUCCACUGGGAUCAGUGCAUUUGGUAUCAACACUCCCCUGUUCUAUUUAGCAUAUCAGGCGGAAAUUGAAGGUCUUGGAGACUCAACAAUGUUCCUGCAGAUGUACCUUGGUCUAGCUUGGACUGUUGGAUGCGUCGUGUUCAGUACGUUAGUAUUGCAUAGCUCCACAGAGUGCAGGAUUGCAAGACAAUAUUUGUGCCAGACGGCUGUGUGUAUGUGUGGACUGUCCAUACUGGCGUUCACGGUGGUCAGUGGAAAUUAUCACGCUUAUGUGAUGUUUGCUUGGAUAUAUGGUAUUUUUUGUGGAGGAUACCACUACUCUCUGAAAAUGUACACGUAUGAGAGAGUUCGAGCCCGCAACUUUGCAAGAACCUGGGGAUUCGUACAAUGCUCACAAGCUAUACCAAUUGUAAUUGGAGUGCCAUUUUCAGGCUACAUGAACGAACGAUGUGGCGACAGAGCGGGUUACUACUUCAGUUCCACGUGCGUCCUGAUAGGCAGCCUCACGCUCUUCCUGAUCGACCUGCACAGGCGCAAGAUCUCCCGCCACAAGCACACACGCGAGAAUGGGACGCGCCAUUUGUGUGUCUCAGAAAGUUGCCCCCAGAGGCGCAAGCUGUCUUUCUCGCAGGAGCCCGACAACAACGACGGCGGCGUGACUGCGGGGGCGGCAGCGGCGGCACUGGUUCUGGGGGCGGAUUUGGGCGGAAAUCCAGUCGGGGGGCUGAUCGACAAUCUGGUGUUGUCGAAUGAGAAGCCGGAACAAAGCGCUGCUUCCAAUAAUUUUUCUCAAACCAUAUUGUCUGUGUCAGAUCAGAGAAGAUUGAGUAUUGCUGAUAUGGAUCUUCCCGAUAACUUACUAGACGAUUUAGACUACAUAGGAGACUGCAUAACCUCGUGUAACAAAGUAGAGAAUUAUCUUAUGCUUAGCGAAUUCGAGAAUAAUCUAAUAGCGGAAAUGCCUGUGAUACUGGACAGAAAGGGCAGACGCUGGUCAUUGGCCAGAUCGAAGGUGGCGCAGAACAACGAGGAAACAGGAAGUAAUGAAGAUGAGAAUGGCGGCGUGUCGAAAGGAAAUGGUAAAUGGAAAGUAUUUCCGAAUAGAGUGAUAACCGUUAUAGACGAGUCGUCCGUUUAG